CCGCCCGCCUCGGUGGGGAGGGGAUGCGCUGCCCUAGACGGGCUUGGAUUUCACUGAGGGGCGGGAGGCGCUGGCACAAAGGCCGAGGCUUGUUGGGGCUGGCCAGGGCGGGUAUCAGCUGCAGCCUCUGCAAGGACCUCCAGGUGGGAGACUCCCACAAGUGGGUUAGGCAGGCUGUGAGGGACUGGGUGCUCUUUCCUCCUUCCCCUGCUCCUCAUUGUCCUCAUAGGCAACUUAUGCCGGGCGUUGUCGCUUGAGUCUAGCGAUGCCUUUCCCCUUGGCCCAGCUGCAUCUAGCACUGAUGCUGAUUCUGGGGCCCAUUCCAGCACUGGCUGGGCCAGUGAGCACCUGUGACGCUAACGGUAGCCUGUACUACGUGGGCGAGUGGUAUUUCCUGGACAGUGACCACUGCACCCAGUGCGAGUGCACGCCCGAAGGGCCAGCCUGCGCUCGCACUGACUGCACCGCCCUGCCCCUUGCCUGCAUCCACGUCAGCCAUUACCCCAGUGACUGCUGCCCGCGCUGCGAACGUGUUGGCUGUGAACACCGCGGCCAAGUUUAUGAGCUGGGACAGCACUUCCAGCCAUCAGAAUGUGAACAGUGUACCUGUGAUAUAGAUGGCAUAGCUCGCUGCCUAGUGGCAGACUGUGCACCCCCACCAUGUGUCAAUCCUGUCUACGAGAAAGGCCACUGCUGCCCCACCUGCAAGGAUGGGCCCAACUGUUAUGUUGAUGGCAGCCAGCAUCAAAUCAUCCCCUCUGGGGAAAGCGUCUGGGUGGGGCACUGUAUGCGUUGCAGGUGUCAUGAUGGCCAAGAUGCUGGCUACUGGGAAGGAAAUCGUGUAGCCAAAUGUGAGCUAUUACCAGGCUGCCAAGCUACAGCUGAACACCAUGCUUGAGCUUGUAACACCUAGCAAUUCCUCAGCCAACCCACUAAAUUAAUACAUUUCUCAGAUCCCUGCUCAUACAAGCAGUUCCUGUUCACCAACCAUCAGUCCAGCCAAAACCCUCUAUCUGCACAAGCAGGCACUACAUCUAGCAUUUCUACCUUCCUCCCAUGGAUAUCCUGAACAACUACACAUGGGACUACUUCACAGACUAUGCAUUCCCAAGCCCCUUGAAUGUUGCCCUUUAUUUAGGUUAUCACUGUUGCUCAAUCCUCAGACAGACAUUUGUUCCACUCCAACUGUAUUCAGAUACAACAUUGUCCUAUGUAACUGUAGAAAAAACAAUAAUAAAGGAUCCUAGUAGAACUGG